AUGGGGAAGGCAGCUAAGCGGAAGCGAAAGGUCUCAGCGCCCUCCACAGCCCGGGGCCCCGUGAAGUCAGCUAUGGCCAUGGUCAAGAGCAACCCCUUUGAGGUGAAGGUCAACAGGCAGAAGUUUAACAUCUUGGGGAGGAAGACCAAGAAUGAUGUGGGGCUGCCUGGUGUCUCACGGUCCAAGGCCAUCAAGAAGCGUACUCAAACAUUACUGAAAGAAUAUAAAGAAAGGGAGAAGACAAAUGUGUUUAAAGAUAAACGUUUUGGUGAAUAUAACACCAAAAUAAGUCCAGAGGAAAAGAUGAUCAGACGAUUCACUUUGGAAAGACAGCAAAAUUAUGGAAAGAAGAAUAUCUAUAAUCUUAAUGAAGAUGAGGAGUUGACUCAUUAUGGCCAAUCUUUGGCAGAAGUUGAAAAACUAAAUGAUAUUAUUGAUAGUGACAGUGACACAGAAGAAAGAGGAACACUGUCAGCUGAGUUAACUGCUACUCACUUUGGAGGGGGUGGAGGCCUCCUUCGUAAAAAAGCAUCAAGUGGGCAGCAAGAUGAAGAGGAGGAAAAACCUAAAUCUAGGAAGGAACUCAUAGAAGAGAUGAUAGCCAAAUCUAAACAAGAAAAGCAAGAGAGGCAAACUCAGAGAGAAAGUGCAUUAGAGCUCACAGAAAAGCUUGACAAUGACUGGAAGAAAAUCCAAACCCUUAUUGCCCGCAAAACCCCAAAGUCGGAGAGAAAGGACAAAGAAGUAGAAAAACCCAAGCCUGAUGAAUAUGAUAUGAUUGUUCGAGAACUUGGAUUCGAGAUGAAAGCAAAACCUUCAGAAAGGAUGAAGACAGAAGAAGAAUUGGCAAAAGAGGAACAGGCGCGACUCCAGAAGCUGGAGGCAGAUCGAAUACGUCGAAUGCGUGGAAUAGAUGAACAGGCAAAUAAAAAGAAACCCGGCCACAUGUCAGCUGAUGAUCUCGCUGAUGGCUUCAUCCUGGAUAAAGAUGACAGACGUUUAUUGUCUUACAAGGAUGGAAGAAUUAAUAUUGAAAAUGAAGAGGAGGAGGAAAAAGACAAGGAGGAAGGUGGGAAGGAAGAUAAUGAGAAUGAAGAAGAAAGUGAUGAAGAAUCUGCUAGUGAAGAUGAGGAGGAUGGUGCUGCAGACAGCCACUCUGAUCUUGAAUCUGACCUAGAGAGUGAAGAAGAAGCUGCAGGGAAUAAAGAACAGCAGAAACCCAAGACAAAUGAAAAUGAAUCACAGAAUGUGGAGGAACUAGACCCAAAAAUGGAAGCUGCCAAAUCAGAGCUUCCCUAUACAUUUGCUGUUCCUGAGUCCUAUGAGACAUUUAAGUCUUUACUGGCUGGAAGAACAAUAGAACAGCAGCUUACUAUACUGGAGAGAAUUCAGAAAUGCAAUCAUCCAAGCCUUGCAGUGGGAAACAAAGCAAAGUUGGAAAAAUUGUUUGGCUUCCUUUUGGAGUAUAUUGGGGAGUUAGCAACUCUGGAUUUACCAGAGCUCAGAACAAUUGACAGACUGGUCCUGCCAUUGUACAAUCUUUGCCAGAUGUUUCCUGAGGCAGCCAGUGACAGUAUUAAGUUUAUCCUUCGAGACGCUGCACAUGAUAUGGAAGAAGUAAUUGAAGUCAAAGGCCGUGCAACAUUUCCAGGUUUAGACACGCUUAUUUAUUUGAAAAUUACAUCUCUGCUGUUUCCAACUUCGGACUUCUGGCAUCCAGUUGUAACACCUGCUUUUAUGUACAUGAGUCAGCUACUUACUAAGUGUCGCAUUACAACAUUGCAAGAUGUUAUUAAAGGGUUAUUUAUAUGCUGUUUGUUCCUGGAAUAUGUAUCUCUCUCGAGAAGAUUUGUACCAGAACUCAUCAAUUUUCUUCUCGGAGUACUUCACAUAUCUCUACCCAAAAAACAUGCCCAGGGCUAUGCUGUAGUGCAUCCAUUUACACCAGUGGGGAAAAAUUUAGAACUGCUUUUGGUGUGUGAUAAGAAGGAUCUGGAAAGUUGGCAGAAGCAAAAUCUGCCAUUGAGUAUUGUGGCUAGGUUAAAGGAAAUCAGCAGAACAGAAAUUAAUCAUACCAGGUUAUCAUGUCUAGCCCUGUGUUUUGACCUUAUUAAAAAAUGUGCAGCUCUGUAUGACUCUUUACCAUCGUUCCAUGAAAUAAUGCAUCCUGUCAGAAUACUUCUUACGCGACAUGUGCCAGUGAAUGAAUAUCCUGAACAAAUGCAGGAAUGGUACCACAGUGCUCUAAAAGAGCUAGAGAACAAUGUAAAACACUAUACCCCACUGAUAUGUGAGAAAAAGAAGCCAGUGCCAUUGAAACAGUAUACACCUAAAAUUGUGAAAGUUUUAGAGUUUGGAAGAAAGCAGGGUGGCAGCAAGAAGGAGCAAGAAAGAAGGCAGUUGAUUCAGAAGCAUAAACGUGAACUUAAAGGAGCCAUUCGUGAGAUUCGGAAAGAUAACCAGUUUCUGGCUAGAAUGCAACUUUCAGAAAUCAUGGAGAGAGAUUCAGACAGAAAAAGAAAAGUGAAAGAGCUCCUUGGUAGCCUUGCUACACAGGAAGGUGAAUGGAAAGCGAUGAAAAGGAAAAAAGGGAAGAAUUAAUUGGGACUACCUACAUCAGGAAACUUUGGUUUUGCUGCCAUAUAAAACAUCACCAUCCUAUGGCUUUUGAACAGAUUUUAAUUGCAUUCUUUGGAUGCAUUCCUUUGGAGGAGACAACAUCAUCAGAUCUGUCUGAAAAAGUGAA